UAAAGGAUAUGCUGACGUUGACACAAAAGGUGUGGUCUCUCAGACUAUAAACAACGUGGACACGUUAUUCCAAUCUUACUUUGAUGCUCAUUCAUUUAACAUAUUUGUAUGCAUCCGUUUUCAACUCUCAAAGACUGUGGUGGAGAAUCCAACAAUGCAGACCAUGGAUAUUGAUGACGACACGUCUCCCAACAAGCCCAGUGUUACAUUUUCAGCUAAUUUUCCAUGGUGGAAGAGACCCUCUGGAGUUGCUGCAGUGUGUCUGGGGCUGCUGUGUGUUCUCCUACUGGCUGGGAUCAUAGGCCUGUCUGUCUACUCUGGAGUCAUUGAUCAUCACUCAACAGAGGGAGACCAACAGACCAGUCACAGCCUUCUGACUAAAGAAGGAGAUCUGCAACCAACCAGUUAUAAUAACUUGACAAAAGAGAGAGACGAGCUACAGACCAGUUACAACACCCUGACAAAAGAGAGAGACGAGCUACAGACCAGUUACAACACCCUGACUAAAGAAAGAGACGAGCUACAGACCAGUUACAACACCUUAACUCAAGAGAGAGACGAGCUACAGACCAGUUACAACACCCUGACUAAAGAGAGAGACCAGCUACAGACCAGUUACAACACCUUAACUCAAGAGAGAGACGAGCUACAGACCAGUUACAACACCCUGACUAAAGAGAGAGACCAGCUACAGACCAGUUACAACACCCUGACUAAAGAGAGAGACCAGCUACAGACCAGUUACAACACCCUGACUAAAGAGAGAGACCAGCUACAGACCAGUUACAACACCUUAACUCAAGAGAGAGACGAGCUACAGACCAGUUACAACACCUUAACUCAAGAGAGAGACGAGCUACAGACCAGUUACAACACCUUAACUCAAGAGAGAGACGAGCUACAGACCAGUUAUAACACCCUGACUGAAGAGAGAGACCAGCUACAGAACAGUCUCACCACAAGGACUGCUGAAAGGGAGAAAUUACAGAAUAGUCUUAACUCAAGGACCGCUGAGAGAGACCAGUUGCAGAAUAGUCUAAAUACCAGAACCACUGAGAGAGACCAGCUACAGACCAGUUACAACACCCUGACUAAAAAGAGAGACCAGUUACAGAAUAGUCUCACAACAAAAACUAAGGAGAAAGACCAGUUGCAGAAUACUCUCACCACAAUAACUCGGGAGAGAGACCAGCUACAGAAUAGUCUCACCACGAGGACCAAAGACAGGGACCAGCAGCAAAAUAGUCUUAAAGUUAUGACUGCUGAUAGGGAUCAAUUAAAGAAUAGUCUUAACGCACGGACCAAAGAGAGAGACCAGUUGCAGAAUAAUCUAAAUACUAGGACCACAGAGAGAAACCAGCUACAGAAUAGUCUCUCAACCAAAACUAAGGAGAAAGACCAGUUGCAGAAUACUCUCACCACAAUAACUCGAGAGAGAGACCAGUUGCAGAAUAAUCUAAAUACCAUGACCACUGAGAGAGACCAGCUACAGAAUAGUCUAAAUACCACAACCACUGAGAGAGACCAGUUUAAAACCAGGCUUAGGUUCUAUGAGAAACCCUGUCUGGAUGGAUGGUGGAAGUUUGGCACCAGCUGUUAUUAUGUCUCCUCCACGAUGGACUCAUCUGGGGCCGGUCAGAGGGAGUGCAGAACAAUGGGAGGAGAGUUGGUUAUUAUAAACAGCAGAGAAGAACAGAUAUUUAUCCAUGGAUUUAAGAAGAAUGUCUGGAUUGGUACAUAUAAAAAAGACAGAAUCUGGCAGUGGGUUGACAGCACACCAUUUAAACCUACAUAUUGGAUGGAAGGGGAACCUAAUAACUUGAAUGAUGAGGCGGCCUGUGUUGAGAUCUCACAGACGGCAUCAGACCCAUUGAAGAGUUGGAAGGAUGGACCGUGUUCUCCAAAACACUGGGUGUGUGAAAAACCAUUCACACCGUAGUCUAAUAUAAUAGCUACUGUAACCCCAUAUCUUAUGGAGUUGUUCUGGUUUUCCCUGUUAUUCUUAAGCUGUUUUUGUUUCUAUGUGUAACUAACUACAUUGAAAGAUGUAUUCCUGUCUUUAAAGAGACCAGAGCUUUGUGGAAUCUACCAUUCAUCAGGCCCAGGGGAGUGGAACUGUGGUCUUAUAGGCUCUAACUGGGGUCUUAUAGGCUCUAACUGGGGUCUUAUAGGCUCUAACUGGGGUCUUAUAGGCUCUAACUGGGGUCUUAUAGGCUCUAACUGGGGUCUUAUAGGCUCUAACUGGGGUCUUAUAGGCUCUAACUGGGGUCUUAUAGGCUCUAACUGGGGUCUUAUAGGCUCUAACUGGGGUCUUAUAGGCUCUAACUGGGGUCUUAUAGGCUCUAACUGGGGCCUUAUAGGCUCUAACUGGGGUCUUAUAGGCUCUAACUGGGGUCUUAUACGCUCUAACUGUGGUCUUAUAGGCUCUAACUGUGGUCUUAUAGGCUCUAACUGUGGUCUUAUAGGCUCUAACUGGGGUCUUAUAGGCUCUAACUGUGGUCUUAUAGGCUCUAACUGUGGUCUUAUAGGCUCUAACUGUGGUCUUAUAGGCUCUAACUGUGGUCUUAUAGGCUCUAACUGUGGUCUUAUAGGCUCUAACUGUGGUCUUAUAGGCUCUAACUGUGAUCUUAUAGGCUCUAACUGUGGUCUUAUAGGCUCUAACUGUGGUCUUAUAGGCUCUAACUGUGGUCUUAUAGGCUCUAACUGUGGUCUUAUAGGCUCUAACUGUGGUCUUAUAGGCUCUAACUGUGAUCUUAUAGGCUCUAACUGUGGUUUAUCUUUUUUUUCCUUUACCAUAUUUACCAUUUUUACCAUUAUGGUGUGCACAUAACAAUCUAACAAGAUACUGUUUUCAUUUCAAUACUUUUUCAAGUUUUUACAGCUAUCAAUACAUUUGAAAUGCAGCAGUGUUCUAUGUUUGCUUCCAUUCUGUUCCAUGUGUUCCAUGUGUUCAUUCUACUGAUUAAAUACAUUCUAUGUUUGCUUCCA